AGUGUUCUUCUAAAUUAAAGAAUAAGUGUUCGCUUUCUCUGCAAUAUGGUUCGUUCUCCAAGGAAUGUGACGUUGGGUCUACCGAGAUAGCUUUAUCAGCCCAUCGGGCAACGAUUCUGUACUUUCUUCUGCUACUUGUCUUUCUGGCUGUAUCUCGUAGUCACCAGGAUGCUAUGCCAGUAUGUUCCAUGCGGUUGAUACCUCGUUGGCUUGAAGAAGCGUGUGAAGGAAGGCGAAACAGAGACGCCAGUACACGUAGCACACACAGAAGGAGGCCUAUUUCCCAACCUCAAAGAUUUGGAAAGAGAACCUGGGAUAUUAAAGGCAGUUCAUCAUCAUGGUCACCUCUAUUGGAAAGUGAUCUUCAUGAUAAAUAUACACACAUACUUUCAGCCGAUUCUCAGAUAAGUGAUUCAACCCGAUAUGUGCCUGCCUAUUUUUCGUCAUCGUUAUCAACAUCGUCCUCGUCGUCAUCUUCGUCUUCAUCAAUAUCAUCCACAACGAAUCAGCAUCUUCUUCGGAAUCGAUCCACCAGACAAGGCGCGAAUGUCUACCUGGGAUUAAGAGAACAUCACCCGAGGAAAGAUGUACUCAAGCGUAUACAACGAAAUGUAAGGAUACCAGUUAGGGAUUUAGAUACCUUUACCAGGCAAGCUAUAAAAGAGACUAUAGACAAAAUAUUGAGGUAUGGCUCAAGGAAAAACGCCAGAACUGUGAGAGUGUCGUAGUACUAUGUUACAAUAAUCAUGUACCAUAUUUUUGGGGUGCUCUUACUUUUGUGUUCUUUUAUAAUAUGUGUUUAAUGUGUCUUUGUAACGUAUUUGAAAUGUUUACACCCUUCAUUUUCUUAUUCCGAAUUGGAGAGGAAAGACUGUUCCAGGGUAAUGCCAUUGGGGUUCAUCUAACAACGAGUUGUAAUAAAUUAAAGUCAAACUCGAAUUAAGGUUCAUCUCAAUUUGUAUAAACUAAGAUAUAAAUCUGAGUUUUAUUCAGAACUAUCAGAAGUCCUUGGCGUGUCCCAGUUUAGACUUUGAAUUCACUUUUACUUUCGGGUGAAUUUCACAUCGAACGGUGUUUAUCUUCGUUGAUUAGCAGUGUUUAGAUUAUCAUACGAUUAGGUUUAGUUUGUGUUGAAUCGGUCACCUACUUCAGGGGCCGCGGAACCGGCGGGCUGGGGGGCUUCAGCCCUCCCCC